CUCGCGAGUUUGGCCGGCGCGUUAAGUGGCACGUAGGUUGGUGGACUGUCGGGUACGCUCCGUCAGCCUGGCUCCGCUCACCGCCCCCCUGUCCCCGACGCGUCUUUCUCAGAGCCUCUCCGCCCCGUCCUGUUCCCUUCGGAGCCCCCAAUCCAUCACCCGUCUCCCUCGGAGCCCCUCUAGCCCCCGGCCCGUUUCCCUCUACGCGCCGCCGCCCUUGGCCCAUCCUCGGCUCCCCACACCUUCCCUCGCCCCGACCCCUCCCCGGGCCCCUGGCGGGAUGGGGGACAACACCAGCCCCAUCAGCGUGAUUCUGGUGAGCUCGGGGAGCAGGGGCAAUAAGCUGCUGUUCAGGUACCCCUUCCAGAGAAGCCAGGAGCACCCGGCGUCCCAGACAAGUAAGCCUCGUAGCAGAUACGCUGUCAACGGCACCGGAGACCACGCAGAGGACCAGGACGGCGACUCCAAGUUUUCAGAUGUCAUUCUGGCGACAAUCUUGGCAACCAAGUCUGAAAUGUGUGGCCAGAAGUUCGAACUGAAGAUUGAUAACGUGCGUUUUGUUGGGCACCCAACGCUGCUGCAGCACGCUCUGGGGCAGGUCUCCAAGACAGACCCGUCUCCAAAGAGGGAAGCUCCCACCAUGAUUCUUUUCAAUGUGGUGUUUGCACUUAGGGCCAACGCUGACCCGUCAGUGAUAAACUGUUUGCACAACCUCUCCCGACGCAUCGCCACCGUGCUGCAGCACGAGGAGCGCCGCUGCCAGUACCUCACGCGGGAGGCCAAGCUGAUCCUCGCACUGCAGGAUGAGGUGUCCGCCAUGGCUGAUGCAAAUGAUGGUCCUCAGUCCCCAUUCCACCACAUCCUGCCCAAGUGCAAGCUGGCCAGGGACCUCAAGGAGGCUUACGACAGCCUCUGUACGUCCGGCGUGGUGCGGCUCCAUGUCAACAGCUGGCUGGAGGUGAGCUUCUGCCUGCCCCACAAGAUCCACUAUGCGGCCACCAGCCUCAUCCCCCCCGAGGCCAUUGAGCGGAGCCUGAAGGCCAUCCGCCCGUACCACGCCCUGCUGCUGCUCAGUGACGAGAAGUCCCUGCUGGGCGAGCUCCCCCUGGACUGUUCCCCAGCCCUGGUGCGUGUGAUCAAGACCACGUCUGCCGUGAAGAACCUGCAGCAGCUGGCCCAGGAUGCAGACCUGGCCUUGCUGCAGGUUUUCCAGCUUGCAGCUCACCUGGUGUACUGGGGCAAGGCCAUCGUCAUCUACCCGCUGUGUGAGAACAACGUCUACAUGCUUUCUCCCAAUGCCAGCGUGUGCCUGUACUCCCCACUGGCCGAGCAGUUCUCCUGCCAGUUCCCGUCUCAUGACCUGCCGUCCGUCCUUGCUAAGUUCUCCUUGCCGGUGUCCUUGUCAGAAUUUAGGAAUCCCCUCGCCCCUCCUGUGCAGGAGACCCAGCUCAUCCAGAUGGUGGUGUGGAUGCUGCAGCACAGGCUCCUCGUCCAGCUGCACACGUACGUCUGCCUGAUGGCCUCGCCCAGUGAGGACGAGCCCCGCCCCCGGGAGGAUGAUGUCCCCUUCACCACCAGGGUUGGCGGCCGCAGCCUCAGCACGCCCAACGCCCUCAGCUUCGGCUCCCCAACCAGCAGUGACGACAUGACCCUCACCAGCCCCAGCAUGGACAACUCUAGUGCAGAGCUGCUCCCCAGUGGGGACUCACCGCUGAACAGGAGGAUGACGGAGAACCUGCUGGCCAGCCUGUCUGAGCACGAGCGGGCAGCCAUCCUCAGUGUGCCCGCGGCCCAGAACCCCGAGGACCUCCGCAUGUUCGCCAGGCUCCUGCACUACUUCCGUGGCCGCCACCACCUGGAGGAGAUCAUGUACAAUGAGAACACCCGGCGCUCCCAGCUGCUCACGCUCCUGGACAAGUUCCGCAGCGUCCUGGUGGUAACUACCCACGAGGACCCGGUUAUCGCCGUCUUCCAGGCCCUGCUCACGUGAGCCCGAGCUGAGGAUGGGGCAGAGGGGCUGCUGCCGUGGGCAGGGGUGCUGGCCUGUCCCCUCCCCAUGCGGCCACUGCCCUCUGCAUCCUCAGUUUCAUCCAGUCCUCGAAACAGACUCCACGUCUGAGCUGAGAGGGAGAGGCUGGAGAUGGAGGAAGCAUCCAGGACUCAGGCCUCUGAGUGAGACCUGCGUGCUUCCCACAGAGGCUCAGGCCUGAGUUCUCUCAGAGCCCCCUCCCCACCCUGCCGGUCCAGAAUGUGAGGCCUGAGUGCCCAGCCCAGACCUCACCACUGUCCUGCAUUAGCCACAAGGAGGCUAUGGCCAGGCUGUCACCCCACAACACACCCCACUCAGCCGCCACCUGAGGCACAAGGACCUGGGCUGAUGAUGUCCUGCAGCUGGUGAGGGCCUGCUGAACAUGCUUCCUUGGGGGAGGGGCAGGAAGCUGCUCCGCACUGGUGCUUCUGGUCCUCCUGUGCCCAGGGCGGCCUCUCAAGACACCUGCUGCACGCGUAGACCCGGGUCCUACCAUGGAGGAAGAGCUGACUACCAAGGGGCUCUGGAUGAGACGCAAGUGAGUUUUCUGGAAACACUGCAUUUAUUUUGUUUUUAAACAAUUAAAAAUCAUCAUCCACACA